CAACUUACAAGCAGGUCAAGACAAACCUUUCAUCGGACCCAACGAUGCAACCCAACCACUUUAUAAGACCGUACCAUCACCUCCCUCGAUUCUUAUUCAAAUCCACUGCUAACGAGCAUGGCAGGUAACGAAUCUGAACUUUUCCCCCAACUGGACCACGAUAAGCGCAGUGGCUUCUGCAGGCAAACCGGAACGUACCACUCUCUCCACCGACUUCCCCUCGAUCCAAACCCUAGUGAGGUCUCCAAUGUCGCCGCUUUCGUCCUAUCCAACCUUCUCGACGUCGCCGGCGAGAAGCCGGCGUUCAUCGACGCCGCCACCGGCUAUGUUCUCACCUACUACCAUCUUCGCCGCUCCGUCCUUUCCCUCGCCACCGCGCUCCGAUCCCUCGGUCUCCGUCCCGGAAACACUGUCCUCCUCCUCUCUCCCAACUCCAUUAUCUAUCCGGUGGUGACCCUUGGCAUUCUCGUCACAGGUGCCGCCGUCUCCCCCGCGAACCCUGUCAACACCCCCGCCGAGAUCGAGAAGCAAGCCCUCGAUUCCGGCGCCGUGCUCGCCAUCUCCGCCCCCGAUCUCGCCCACAAGCUCGCCUCCCUCUCGAUCCCCAUCCUCCUCACCACCCGAUCACCGUCCGACGAGUCGGCACUCUCCGCGGAGGAGCUGAUCGAGGGCGCCGAUCCGGAGGAGGUAACCUCGCCGUCGACGGCGUCCGAUGUGGCGGUGCUGCUCUACUCUUCGGGUACGACAGGGGCAAGCAAGGGAGUGAAGCUAACGCACGCGAAUCUCAUCGCGACGCUUAAACUGCUGAAAUGGACGGUGGAUGUGAGCUCGGCGAGAGACGAUGUUUAUCUAGGGUUCCUCCCAAUGUUCCACGUGUACGGCCUGGCUUUCUUCGCGCUAGGGUUACCGAGCGUGGGGACGACGACGGUGGUGAUGAGCCGAUUCGAGCUCCAGGCAAUGAUGGAGGCGGUGGAGCGGUUCAAGAUCAGCAACAUUCCCGCAGUGCCGCCGGUGCUGGUUGCGAUGUUGAAGAACGAUGGUGAGAUCAAGCUCGAUCUAUCAAACUUGCGGAGGAUAAUCACCGGGGCGGCCGCGCUGGCGCCAGCGACGGGAAGAGAGUUUAGGAGGAGGUUCCCGUGGGUGGAGUUGAGGCAGGGGUACGGGUUGACGGAGAGCAGCGGCGCGGCGACGUACUUCGCGGCGUCGGAGGAGGCGAAGAAGAGGGAGGAGGCGGUGGGGAGGCUGUUGCCGUGGUUUGAAGCUAGGGUUGUUGACGUGGCGAGCGGGAAGACUGUGGGCCCCGGCGAAGAGGGGGAACUAUGGCUCAAGGGCCCCACAGUGAUGGCUGGGUAUCUAGGGAAUGACGUGGCAACCUCUGAGACGUUGGAUAGAGAUGGAUGGUUGAGGACCGGAGAUCUCGUGUUCAUCGAUGAAGAUGGGUUCGUCUACAUUGUUGAUCGGAUUAAGGAGCUCAUUAAGCAUAAUGGUUACCAGGUGGCUCCUGCGGAGUUGGAAGCUGUGCUUGUGAGACAUCCGGAUAUACUUGAUGCUGCAGUGGUUCCAAUGGAGGAUGAGGAAUCUGGACAGAUACCAGUGGCUUUUGUGGUGAAAUUAGCUGGAAGUGAACUUACAAGUGAGGAUGUGAUUCAAUUUGUGGCUGGUCAGGUGGCUCCAUACAAAAAGAUAAGAAGGGUUGGAUUCAUCAAUGCCAUACCACGUUCCAUGGCCGGCAAAAUUCUCAGAAAGCAGUUGGUUGCUCUUAUCAAACAAGCACCUCACUCCAAGCUUUAGUAUUGAAUUUUUCUUUUUAUCCUCAUUCCUAUUACCUUAAUCUUAUACAUACAUACAUAUAUAUAUAUAUAUAUAUGCAG